CCGCCGCGAUGGUGCGAAUUGCUACAGCACAGUCGUAGGGGCCGCAAGCCGCCCUACGGUGGCCCCGUUGCGCAGUGCCUCGUCGUCUUGACAAGGUGUACGUGCGCGGCUCUCCGUCGCUCACCGGACAGCGAAGACGUCGGUGUUGUGCAGUGUCUCUACGAGAAGGGCAUUGUUCACGCCGCAGUUUGUUAUGUGAGUGUGUUUGUGGGGCCGCGCGUUGGGCACGAGGCACUUUUGGAUCGGGGACGUCGACGAAGCCCUCCUUGGUGGCCACUGCAGUGUUGGAACAAACGCCACGUGCGCAGGAGUUGUUUUGCCGCGCAAGUUAGAUGUGUGUGACGGUUAAGCUGGCGCCGUCGAGAUGUAGCCGACGACUGCGUCCUUCCAGUAUGCUACGACCUUCGGUGUUUUGCCGCAUGUACCUGCGAUUAGGUGCCGUCUGACCUGGUGCGCGUUCCUGCUGCCUGCAGAGUCCAGCGCAUGGCCGACGUACCCGAGAGCUACGACAUGCUGUCUUCUACACUGGGACCACUCGUGGCCAACGCGACGUCUAUGACGUUACGGGUCACCAGGGACCAAUCUGUGUCGCGCAUCUACAAUUACAGCAUGCCCACAUCUCACCUCAACCUGACUACGGGCCACGGUGAUUCAGAAGAAUUCGUGCCCUAUGAGCAGAGGCUAGAGACAUACGUGGUGCCCACGCUUUUCGCCUUCAUAUUUCUUGUUGGACUACUAGGCAAUGGAACGCUGAUCCUCGUGUUCAUUCGCAACCGGACGAUGCGCAGCGUUCCAAACAUCUACAUUAUGAGUCUAUCAGUGGGCGACUUCAUUGUCAUCGCUGGCACUGUGCCGUUCAUCAGCACCAUCUACAUACUAGACUCGUGGCCAUACGGGCUUUUCCUCUGCAAGCUCAGCGAGUUUCUUCGGGAUGUGUCUAUCAGCGUGACCGUUUUGACGCUCACCGUGCUUAGCAUUGACCGGUACGUGGCCAUCGCUAUGCCUCUUCUUAACCACAAAGGCCGUCGACACACGAGACGAACUAUCACCAUCAUGCUCACGGUCGCGGUGUGGAUGGUUGCCGUCCUGUUGGCCAUACCAGGAGCCCACUUCUCAUUCGUGAUGGAAGUGGAGGCUACUCCCGAGCUGCGGUACAGCGUGUGCUACCCGUUUCCCCCAGAAAUGUGGCCUUGGUACCCGAAGCUCAUGGUGCUCAUGAAGUUCCUAGUCCAGUACAUGCUGCCGCUGGCCAUUAUCGGCACAUUCUACGGUCUCAUGGCCCGCCAGCUGAUUCGCACGUCCCGCGCUAACCUGACGCAGCCAGGCUGUGGAGGCGUGGCACAGCUCAAGCAAAUGAAGGCCCGCGUCAAGGUGGCCAAGAUCGCCCUGGCCUUCGUCAUCCUCUUCGCAGUGUGUUUUUUCCCAAACCACGUAUUCAUGAUGUGGUAUUACUUUGCACCCGAUGCACCAUCACACUACAACAGCUUCUGGCACGUGUGGAAAAUUAUGGGCUACGUCAUGACGUUCGUCAACUCGUGCUUGAAUCCCAUCGCUCUGUACCUGGUCAGCGGUGUGUUCCGCAACCACUUCAAGCACUACCUCUUCUGCAGCCGGCGUGCAGCCAGCGGCAUCCACUCGCGCAACAAUUCCUACUCUUUCCGCACAAUUCACAGCUCAAGCAUGUCCAAGUGUACCGCGUCCACUAAGAUCUGACGUAUGACCUGCCUUCGAAGGAGGGCAAAGGUCAAAUGCGAUGGCCAAAAUGGGCUUCACGGCAUCGACGAACCGGAGUUGAGAUCCGUUUCUGAGGGAACCUUUUAGAUCUGCCUACAAUCGUCAUCAUCAGACAUUCCACGUGUGUUCGCCUAGAAAAUCUGUCUCCCUAGUGAGAACAACUUGUCACCUGCUUUCGGAAUGCUACUAUUGAACGGUAGCUCUAAGAAGGCACAGACAUCUUUAGUAGUCAGGCCACUAUCUCCUAUUUGGAAAUGAUGGUGCUUGUUGUUCAAGGAAAUUGGGGAAAUUUGGUGGUUUCACUGAUAAUCUUUUUUUUUGUGCUGCAACUUCUGUUAGGUCUCGUAGUGUUGCUCUCAAAGCUUGCUGAACAAUGACUGGUGCAGAGAAGCACAAAAAGCGUUCGCUACAUGUUUCAGUGGCACCUGCUACAGCAUGAUACAAGUUCUAAAUUAGUGGCAUUGUGAUGUGAAAGUGAUCAAUACAAGUCAUCAUAUACCGAGUUUUCCAGUUUUUUUUUCAUUCCUAUUGUAGCCUUUCGGUACCUGUACGACAUUCUCAUGUACAUAUUGUUCAUCCUUAGCAGUGUUCGUAUCAACUUAAGCAGUCACGUAUUUAAUGUGUACGCCUUGAUCAAAUCUACGAAAAAUGAUGUUCAUCAUGGAUCUUCCAUCAUGGUACACAUGCGUUGUCGUAAGUAAAGCAAGAAACAAGACAA